CGCAGGUACAAUAGCAUAGGCUAACAAGACAAAAUGCCUCUUCCAACCGGCGUGUACCGCGCUGACCAUGUCGGCUCGUUCCUCCGCCCCAAGGCUGUCCUCGAAGCCCGCACAAAGGCCGCCAAAGGCGAAAUCACUGCCGACGAGCUUCGCAAGGUCGAAGACGAGUACAUUGCCGAUGUGGCAAAAAAGCAAAUAGAGAACGGUAUCCGCUCCAUCACCGAUGGCGAGUUCCGCCGCGCCUAUUUCCACUUGGACUUUCUCAAGCACCUAGCUGGUAUCGAGGAGAAGGGACAGGUUGGAAACAUUAGGCACAAGGAUGGCUUCUCCCCGCCAACACUGGCCGUCACGGGCAAGCUUGGACAUCCUGAGGCUAUCCAGGUCAAGGACUUUCAGUUCCUUGAGCAGGCAAUCAAGAACAAUGGCGGAAAGGCCACCACCAAGGUCUGCAUUCCCUCGCCGACAAUGGUGCACUUCCGCGGUGGUCGUGCCUCCAUCGACAUCUCGGCAUACCCAGACCUAGACGUCUUCUUUGAGGACCUCGCACGUGUCUACCAAGAAGAGCUCGACUCGCUGUACCAGGCCGGCUGCCGCUUUGUCCAGCUCGACGACACAAAUCUUGCCUACCUCUGCGACCCCGACAUGCGCAAGGCUGCCGAACAAGAACGCAACGAAGACCUCAGCGUACUCCCUAAGAAGUACGCUGAGCUCAUCAACAAGGCCAUCUCCAAGAGGCCUGCAGACAUGAAGAUUGGUAUUCAUCUUUGCCGUGGUAACUACCGCUCCAAGUGGUUCGCAUCCGGCGGCUACGAGCCCGUGGCCGAAGUUCUCUUCAAGGAGCUCAACGUCGACGCCUACUUCCUCGAAUACGACGACGCACGCUCGGGCGACUUUAGCCCUCUGCGCCACCUCCCCGAGCACAAGGUUGUCGUUCUGGGCGUCAUGUCGAGCAAGAAGAACACGCUCGACGACAAGGACGAGAUCAUCAAGAGGCUCCAUGAAGCCGCUAAGAUUGCCCCCAAGGGCCUGGAGCAGCUCUGCGUCAGCCACCAGUGUGGUUUCAGCUCCACCGCUGAGGGCAAUGAGUUGACCGAGGAGGAGCAAUGGGCAAAGGUCAGGCUCAACGUUGAGAUUGCAAAGGCCGUCUGGGGCGACGAUAUCAGCAAGUAAAGCCUUUCACACCGAGAGAUACCAAAAAAAAUCGUACGUCAAGUGCUUCGGGGGGAAAUGUUGUUUAUAUGGUGUUCCGCAAGGUCAAUGGCGUUAGAAGAGUAGAGAGUGCUCGUUGAGACACGCACACCCUACGUUGGUGAAAGCGUGAGAUUGCGUCAGUUGCAUGCAGUUUUUAGAUGAUGAUGAGGAUGACGACGACGAUGAUGAUGACGAUUAAAAUGUUUACAUGUGUAGGCGUUUCAACCUUACAUGUCUAGGUGGUUCAACCCCGCCUGCUUGGCUCCGAGAACAAAAUUGCUUUCUUGGGUAUGCAAAGAUGUAGUGGCAAUACAUAGAGUAAAUAAAGAUAUCGGGUUUAACAUGCCCU